GGUCUUCUCCUUCAGGUUGGGAUCGUACAACCCCGUCUGCUCCUCAUAUCGCCCGCUAUCAGCUCGUCUCUCCUCCCGUGCUAUUCACACCAUCAACAUGCUACUUCUAUAGAUCGAGACUGCUUCUUACUUUGCUGUUUGCUUUUUAAUCACACAGCAUGUCUUCGGUCUUUGGCAGCGACUCCGACAGCGUCGUCAGCGACUCCGACUCCGACUCCGACACCCAUCUCGUCCAAGCAACAACCCAGAUAUCCAUCGUCGACCCGCCAAAACCGUCACCACCCGCUCCUUCUGUCUCAGAAGAAGAAGCCGCUGCUCUCUCAGAUAUUUCAGACGCAAUUGCAAAAUUCAGAGCCAUCUCCUCCGUCGCGACCCGUCAACGAAUUCUCGACGGUCUCUUUGCAAACCUCCUCCCCUCAGACAUCUGGCAUCUCACGGCCAUCAUCGGCGAGCGCCAGCUCUUUGUCGACAUCAUCGCCCUCCUCCCGUCCGAAAUCCUCCUGAUCGUUCUCCAAUACGUCAACUCCGCGCGCGAAGUCCUCUCCUGGCGCCGCGUGUCCAAGCGCUGGAAAGAGCGUCUGUCCGACGACUUCAUCUGCACACACCUCAAGCGGCUCGAGUUUGCAGACGAGCUCCCCUCGCAGCGCCCGCAGGACGCAAACAUCUCGAAAUGCGACGCUCUGCGCAUGUGCACGUUCCGCAGCAUCGCAAUCAAGCAAUCCAACCGCCUCGCGACGCGCAAGGAGAUCUCCGAUCUGCGCCCGAGCAUCAUGGCCUACUACGGCGGGCACCUCGUCGUCUCGGGCCUCAUGAUCGGCUCUGAUCUCAAGUUCACGAUCCUCUACGAACUCUUCUCCGACCGCCGCUGGAAGCUGCAGCAGAGCCGCGAGAGCUGGUACAACCUCACGUGCUCGGAGGAAGUCUGCGCGGGCGUGACAUCGCUGGGGAAAUGCAAGGUCUGGAAUAUCGCCAACCCAUCCACCUGCCAGGAACGACAAAUGCUCUCGUCCAACACGCGCGACAUGGCGUCCUCCAAGAAAAUCAUCGGCGUCAUCUCGAUGGACACCGAGCUCAUGAUCUGGGACACCGGCGUCAACUACGAGCUCGCGACCGACGAAAUCUCUCGACACAUCCAAGACGACCGUGCCGGCGCAAAACUCUACCGCAUAGGCUUGCACGCGGACCGCGAAUACAUCAUCCUCCUCGUGUCCAAAUCGCUCAAACACGACCUGGGCUCGGCCGUCCUCGUCUUUGACUUUGACCAGAACCUGGUCUGGCAAUCCGCCCUCCCGUUCUCCUCCGACACCCGCAUCUUCCGCUCCCUGCAACCAGACAUCAUCUACAUCACCUGCUCCGGCAUCCGCACCCUCACCAAAAUCGACCUCUCCACCUUCGACGCCCGCAAAAUCGGCGGCUUCCUAACCUCCGGCGACUCCCUCGUCGGCGUGCCCUUCCGCGACUCGAUCUUCAUGCUCGAAGGCUCCUACCUCACCCGGCUCACGCUGACCUCGUACAGCGAAGUCGACGACAAAUGGUCAUACUACGGCAUCCUUUUCUCGCUCGACCAGACUUCGAAGAUGUUUGAUCUCCAGGGCGACGGGCACUAUGUCUGUGCGAGAAUGGAGAGCGGCAUCUUGGUCUUUUCUUUCAAUCUCUAUGAUUACCAGGCGUCCGGGGCUGCCACAAACGGCGUCGUCGACUUUAGCAUAUGAUCUGUGUCCUUCAUAAUCAAAAGCAUAUACACAUACACAUACACAUACACAUACAUACACAUAUACAAAAUUGAUCACGCCGAAGCCUUCAGCACCGACAAAGCCUCCUCCAU